AUGCACACAUUUUCAACAUUACCCGUCGAACUAGUUUAUCGAAUUAUGGAUCAUCAAAAUGGCCGGACGCUAUUUUGUUCAAUGCAAAAUAUUUGUCGACGGCUCAAUCAGAUCCUGAGUACUUACCAGCGAUAUCAAACACUCACCACACUAGACCUCAGUUGGAAAGGAAUCGGUGCUGAAGGAGCACAACACAUUCCUAACCUCGGCUUCAAACAAAUCGGUGCUGAAGGAGCACAACAAAUUGCGGAUGCGCUCCGAACAAAUACGACACUCACUACACUAGACAUCAGUGGGAACCGAAUCGGUGCUGAAGGAACACAACACAUUGCGGAUGCGCUGCGAACGAAUGCGACACUCACUACACUUCACCUCUGGCGGAACGAAAUCGGUGUUGAAGGAGCACAACACAUUGCUAGUGCGCUGCGAACGAAUACGACACUCACAACACUAGACAUCAGUAGGAACCGAAUCGGUGCUGCAGGAGCACAACACAUUGCGGAUGCGCUGCGAACGAAUACGACACUCACCACACUUCACCUCGAGGAGAACGGAAUCAGUGUUGAAGGAGCGCAGCACAUUGCGGAUGCGCUACGAACGAAUACGACACUCACCGCACUAGACCUCAGUUUGAACGAGAUCGAUGCUGCAGGAGCACAACACAUUGCGGAUGCGUUGCGAACGAAUACAACACUCACCACACUAGACCUCGGCUUCAACCAAAUCGGUGCUGAAGGAGCACAACACAUUGCGGAUGCGCUGCGAACGAAUACGACACUCACCACACUUCACCUCAGUUGGAACCAAAUCGGUACUGAAGGAGCACAACACAUUGCUAGUGCGCUGCGAACGAAUACAACACUCACUACACUAGACAUCAGUGGGAACCAAAUCGGUGCUGCAAGAGCACAACAGAUUGCGGAUGCGCUGCGAACGAAUACAACACUCACCACACUUCACCUCGAGGAGAACGGAAUCAGUGUUGAAGGAGCGCAGCACAUUGCGGAUGCGCUACGAACGAAUACGACACUCACCACACUUCACCUCGAGGAGAACGGAAUCAGUGUUGAAGGAGCGAAACACAUUGCUAAUGCGUUGCGAACAAAUACGACACUCACCACACUUCACCUCAGUUGGAACCAAAUCGGUACUGAAGGAGCGAAACACAUUGCUAAUGCGCUGCGAACGAAUACGACACUCACCACACUUCACCUAGUUGAGAACGGAAUUGGUGCUGAAGGAGCAGAGCACAUUGCGGAUGCGCUACGAACGAAUACGACACUCACCACACUUCACCUCGGGGAGAACGGAAUCAGUGUUGAAGGAGCGCAACACAUUGCUAAUGCGUUGCGAACAAAUACGACACUCACCACACUUAACCUCUAUCGCAACGAAAUCGGUGAUGAAAUAGCUCAACACAUUGCGGAUGCAUUGAAAAGGAAUAUAAGCGCCAAGAUGGUAUAG